UAUUCAAGCAGCACCAACGUCGUCCGAUAAAGUAUAUAUCUCAUGAUCAAUCGUCAAAUUAUGAGAGUAGCUCGCACGCACGCCCAUUCAUAGGAAAAAACUGCGCUACGAUGCCCGUUUCCUUGCGACACCAUGAUCGUACGACUCCAUCUCAAUUGUGCACACAUCCUUGUUCUGUCCAUACUUCUCCGAUCGUUCGUUUCUCAUUGCUUUCCAGAGGUCGUCAAAGACCAGGCCAGGUAUUUAUUGCACGAACCAUAAUUCAAUCAUUCUCCCAACCAUCCCCCUCCUGUCUCUAUAACAAUAAAUUUUCCUCCCUUCCUCUCCCUCUCCCUCGCGAGAGGGACCGAGAGAGAGAGAGAGAGAGAGGGGGGCGGCAGAAUCCCAAAAACAGAAUCCCUCCCCGAAAAAAAACUACAUUUCCUCCGUCCUUUUUCCCCUCCCCCUCGAAAACCAGUAACUCGGACGCCGGGGGCUACGCGGUCGAGGAUCAGGGGAACAAGGUGGAUCCGUCGAUAGAGCGGAUCUUCCGUGGAUCGUCCGGCGUGGAACGCAGAAACUUCGCCGCCAAUUCGAAGCGGAACGUGGAGGCCGUCUCGGACAAGACGACGAUCCGGACCGAGGACACGAGGAAGCGGCCCCGGAUAAAGCGGGGGGAGGAGGUGGCGGUGAAGCGGGGGGCCGCGAACGAGGGCGGGAAGAGCGAGGAGAAACGCUCGGUCCAAGCGGGCAAAGGGGGCUCGGGGAUCAAAGCUGGCUCGAGAAUCGGCCGCUCCUCCCCCUCCAGGGAUCUGCCCAAACUGCCCGUCAAAGAUUACGAGGUGCCCCUCGAGCAGGAGAGGUCGUCCGUGUACGCGGACGAGGCGGAGGAGGAGGUGGUCGGCGUUGGGGCGAGGAACAAGGAAGCCAGGUACAGGGGAGGGGGUGGCGAAUACGGCGCGGGGGAGGACCCGGCGAGAUUCAUAGACCAGGAGGAGAGGUCGAGCCUGUACGACGACUUCGAGGCGAAGGACGUGGUGAAGAGGGGCAUAUCCGGGGCGGAGGAUUACGAGGAGAUGGAGGAGGAGGGCGGUGAGGGGGGGAUGGAGGAGGGGGCGGCGUUCGAGGAGAGCUCGAUCGAGGAGGAGGUCGGGGGGGAGAAGAGGAAGUAUCGGGGGGGGGACGUGAGGGUGAAGAGGGAGCACGAGGCCUCGAGCGGGGCCGGGAACGGGGGGGCCGGGAACGGGAACGGGAGCGGGAAGGAGGCGAUCGAGGGCGCGGACGUUUCCGGGUCGAAGAUGAGCGUGGAGGGGGAGGCGUCGGGGGACCAGAAGACGAUGGACGCGUCUUUGAAGCGGGACGCGCCCGAGAAGGAGGCGGCGAGCAAGGGGGAGAGCAAUCAGUUGGGGCAGUCGAAGGAGGGGAAGGAAGGGUCGAACGUGCAGCAGUCGAAGAGGAACGUGCUCGACAAGAACGAGAACGACGGCUCGUCCAAGUCGGGCUGCGACCGGGACACGGACAACGCGAAGAACGAGAAACCCCUCAUCUCCCCGAUCAACGAGCCGAAGGUGGAGAUGGAGGGCGACGAGGCAAGCGCCAAGCUCCUGCAGAGCAGCUCUCAGGAGAGUCAAGAAGCGGUGGGGGGGGACGCGGCCGGGGGGAAGACGCAGGAGAUCAGCAGCCUGUCGAACGAUAACAAGCCGAUCGGCAAUUUGAUCGCCGACUCUCUCGGCGUGAAGGGGGCGGACGCGUCGAAAACGGAGGAGUCGAAGAUCGCCGAUAUAGGGAAUCCGGAAACGUUGAAAGGCGGGGACGUUCCGGCGAACGUGCCGGAGACGGCCGCCGUGGAGAACGCGAACGAGAAAUCGGAGUCGUCCCAGAAGGGGAGCGAGAGUGGCUCGGCCGAGCAGGUGGACGAGGAUUAUCAGAAACGGGUGGAGGAGCAGAUCCAGAGGAAGAUAGACUCGAUCAAGGAGGAGAUAAAGAGGGAGAUCACGGAGAAUCAGCGUAUCAGGGAGAUAGAGGAGAACAACGCCAAGUUCGAGGAGUUGAGGGACGAGGAGGAGGAGGAGGAGGACGAGGAGGAGGACGAUCAGGAGAACGAGUCGGCGAUCGACAAACGCGACACCGUGUCCAAGAGAUCGUCGGAGAAUCCCGUGUCUGCGGACAAGUCUCCGCAGAUACGCGAGGAGAAGCGGGCGGGGAUGGUGAGGCGAAAGAAAAGGCAGGGCGAGAACAACGGCAACAACAACAACAACAACAACAACAACAACAAUCAGGAGAAGCAGGACGCGAACGAGUCGAAUUCGAGCAAGAAGAGUCGGCAAGCGGCGACGAUGAAGAAACGAUCGGCGGCGAAACUGGAAGCGCAAGACCCGGAAAAGAUACCGAGGAAACGCGAGCGGCCACGCGAGGUGAUAUUGGUCGAAAGACCGGAACGGAAAAAAAAGAGGAGACGAAGGGCUAAGAACACGGAACAACGUGGCGCAAAGCUGGAGGGUAAUCAACCAGCUGACAUUGUGCAGGACUCGAGCUUGCGCGGGAACCUCGGUGAUGGAAAGGUGAAAGGGGGAAAUUAAUCUGGUAUUGCGGAUGCUAUUAUUGCUACUACGAGUGUCAUUAAACGAAUGGUUCCGAAUUGGCAGUCGAGCGUGGAUUCGAAGAUGACGGAAGAUGAGAAAGCGGUCGCGGAACGGAAUUCCCUGUCUGAAAAGAAAUCCGGUUCCGUGGCGUCGUUCGCCGGGAGUAACGAGGAGAUGGGCCCAUUGGCGACCGAAUACGGAGAUGCGUUCGGCGGUUUCAACAAUGAUCCUGGGGUGGCGCUAGCUAGAUUUAAACGAAUCAAACGAGUUCUUCGCCCUCCGGUUUCCAACCCCUAGUUUCCCAACAUUCGUACGCACGAAAUUUCGCGCCCAAUCGCGUUUCACAAUCCUACGAUCGGCCCGUGUCGUGACACCGUUCUUUAAUCUAUAUCUAUAUAUAUGUAUAUAUAUAUAUAUAUAUCUAUCUAUCUAUAUAUAUAUAUACAUAUAUAUAUAUAUAGAUAUAGGUAUAUAUCUUCUAUAUACGUAUAUAUUAUAGAAGAUGAGAAAUAUAUUAGUAAGCAACACGUAGAUUAAUUAGCCGUAGUAGAUCCGUUCGUAAAGCACGUAAAGUAGGAAUGCGGAUAUUCGAUUAACAGUUCCCUUACCGGUUCCCUUAAGAUUCGAAAGAUAAGCGUAAUCGUAAUAAUAUCGUCGGUCUCGUCGGUAACGUCGCGGCCAAUGUUCGAUUGUUACACGCAAAAGUCGUACGUCCUUGAAACGGAAGUGUGGCGCCUCUUUCGCGAGUAUACUCUCGAAUCUCUUUCACUUAUUAUUCGCGUCUUUUAUUGUCUUCGAUCUAUCCCGACCACGUAUUUAAAGCGUAAUCCGACGCUAUUUCGACUUUCGUUGCAACUUAUGUUAAACAAUAAAAAAAAAAGUACUUUAAGACAAACGACAGAUACGAUAGAUGAGAGAUGUAUUAAUAAAAUCUAAAUUUAUAUACGAAAAUUAUUAUCUAAAGAGAAGAGAACGAACGAAUAGAUAUAUUUCUGGAUUACCUGCUGGAUGGGAUCCAUGGCUCGUCGUUCGAUGCUUGGUGGCGCUCCUAAAGGAAAGGAGAGGGGGGACACAGAGAGAGAGAGAGAGAGAGAGAGAAUGACGGGUAGACCCAGGCAGGGCAAAUACACAGAUAAAAACAUUCGUAAGACGUUCAAGAUUUAAUAACAAAGAUACGAUUAAACACGAAGAAGACACAUAGAUCGUUAACCCUCUGUUUUGUGCGCUUACAUUACGGGGGAGACUUUGACUUUUUUUUUUUCUUUUUUUUUUUCCCUUUUUUCUUUUAAAUUUACUCUCGGCAAACGAGUACCGACGUCUCCUCGCUUGUACCAUCCAUCUCUCCUUAUCACCGUUCUACUUUACAACAAUAUGAAACAAUUAUUUACACAUCGACGGGCAGAAGGAUCACGGUGUUGCGCGAGAAAUGACUGAAUGUGUCCCUCUCUCCUAUAUUUAUUUUUCUUCUUCUUCUUUCUUUCCCCUCCCCCCCUUUUCCUAUUCCUAUUUCUCUUUUUCGUUUCGUUACGCGCAUCGACGUCCGCCAUUUUACGCCAGGAUACGCACAGCUCUAUUCGGCCAGCUUCGAGUCGAAAGCGUAGCUGGAAUCGAUCGAGGAUCGAACUUUCGCCACAAAAUUCGCCUAUUCGCGAGAAUUCGAUCUCGACGUUUCGAUAGUUCGCGCCAACGAUUUUCUCCAACGAUCCGAACGUGGAAAUUUUUCCAAUUUCUCCUCGCUAUUUAGACGAUUACUUUUGAGAAUCGUUCGCGCGAAUUCGCAGCGCGUAUCCCGAUCCGAGAGAAGACUCGUCCUUCGUCGCGUCUCCGGUUGCAGGACCGACUUCGUAGAUUUUUUGGUCGUGCGAGAUCGUGUACAUCGUGGCUUAGAUACAGAUUCGAGAGACGAACGUCAGUCUCUCAGCAGUCUCUCGGCAAGAAGGCUGCUGGUUGGUUGGAAACGUUACAGGCACCGAUCGUUACAAAAGAAAUCGUCCUGUCCUUUCUCGAUAAUCCGCUCUCGUUGAGCAGAGGACAACGAUUGGAUAAACCUCGAGGAAUCGACAUCUUUUUUCCCCUUUCUUUUCCUUUUCUUUUCCUUUUUUUGCGAAACGGAAGUCGAGUAAGGACGAAACGAGCGCGAUAAGUGAAAAUUCGAUAUAACGAAGGCGACGCAGAUCAAAAUCGAGAGACGAGGCGAACGAAAAAGCCGCGAUUCAUCUCGAUAAUCUCGACAACGAGAAACCGGAUCGUUCGGUGCGGUGGAUGUUUUCUUCCUUCCUUUUUUUUUUUUUUUUUUUUUUUUUUUCCCCUUUUUGUUUCGCUUUGUUCCGACGGAUACUCUGCUUAGUGCAUUUCGAGAUAGAGACUUUCUUUUUAUUUAAAAAAAUCGAUGUCUGAGAAAUGGUGUUCACAAUAAUAUGAUACAACAACGUAACGGUAUUACAGGCUUAAAUAUGUAUAUAUAUAUAUGUAUAUAUAUAUAUGUAUAUAUAUAUAUAAAUGUAUAUAUGUAUAUAUAUAUGUAUAUAUAUAUAUAUAUAUAUGCGUAAUAUUUAUAAUAAUAUAGGUAAUUUUCUUUACCACAAUAACAUGGCUAUAUACAAAUAUUACAACGUUCCCCCCUUCCUUCCUUCAUUCCUUCUUCGAAUCUUGGCGCGCUUUCGAUGCAACGAUCGAUCGAUGUAGAUCGAGGCCUCUCUCUCAUUUUUCCCCACUUCAUUUUCGAGAAGUAUUCGUAUUUGAAAUUGGCGCGCGGAGAUCGUACAAGAGAGACCGUCCAAUCCAUCCUUCUUCCUUCAACAUGGGAAAAGCGUGCGCGUAUAUACGUAUGUGUAUGAGAGAGAGAGAGAGAGCGAGAGAGAGCAAGGAGUGCGAUUACACACUUUUUGUGUGUUCAUGCGUGUCGAAACUGGAUAAGACGAGAUGAAAGAAGGGAAAUACUUGGAAUUUUACGCAGAAAUGGAAUUCCGAACAUAUCGAUUAAUUUCCUCGUUUCUUCUCGAGCUCCUCGAAAUCGAAAUUCACGACUCGAAAUCCACGUAAAGUAGAUUCGCAAAUUGUAAAAAUUCUCAACGGGACAAAUUUUCCGAAUUUUCGAGGAGAAUCAUUCGCGUACAUAUAUAUAUAUAUAUUUUACAAUUUUUAACGAACCUGGUCGCGAAGAAAGUAUUCCUAUUUUUCCCUCGCAUUUACAUUUUACAACUCUCGAUUUUAAGUACAGAACACUUGCUUGCGAGCUUCGAAACGCUCGAUCGAGGAAGCGAAAAUUGACCGAGAAUCGAAUUCAAUUUUAUUCGUUGGGGAGAAUUGUCUCGCUCAAUCUAUGGAAUUUGCAACAAGUUUUCCGCAACCCAAAUUCCCUUUAAUCCUCCGUAACGAUCGUAUUACGCGCGAAGGUGACGAGGAAAAUUCAUCAUUCAAAUUCGAGAUUCGCUCGAAUGAUGACACAGAGUGAAGAGUUACACAAUAAGAUUCCGUUUAAAUAUCGAUUUGAUCGAUAUCGAAUGUGCUUAGGCACGGUAACAGGCAGUACGCUCGGUGCAUUAAGAGAAUACGUUUAAAUAACGAAUGGGAGGGACAGGGAUCGUGUGAACAAAGAUUGGAACUAACGAAAAUUCUCUUCUCUCGUGAUUCUUUUUCUUUUCUUUUUAACGCGAGCGAAAUUCGUAUUCGGAGAAAGAGGAACGUUAACGGGGUCGAAUAAUUCUGUCAGCAGCUUCGAACAGUGUGCACAACGAAGGCCUCAAGUCUUUUUUCGCAUGGACACGCGAUUUUUUUCGCAGUCGCUGUCGAAUGGGUGCUCGAAAAAGUGUCACGUAUACGCUCCGAUAUAAGCUUUCGUUUCCUCUCUCUUUUUUUUCCUUCUCAGUUAUUACAUUUUAUAUAUAUAUAUAGUCGAAUUAUGGCUAAGCGGCCGAUUAAUUUACGUGUACAGAGUGAUUGAACGCGCGUUACUUUCAAAAAACAAUUGACGAGAGUAGACUUCUUCCCCUCCCCUCUCCUGUUCUCCUUGUUUCUGUGCAACGCGAAUAAUAGAGAAAAAAAGCAUCGGUACGCUUCGAAUUUGUAUAUAUAUAUAUACGUCGAUUUACAACGAUUCGAUUAGAUUGGAUCUAGAACGAAAUCUAGAGAGAGAGAGAGAGAGAGAGAUUCGUAGAGGGAAGGAAAUUCGAGAUGCAAGGAAAGGCGAGGACGAAAGGGAUUGAAGAGAAUUUCUUUUCCUUUCAAAUGCUUGAUACGAGAUACUGCCGACAGAUGUCUCCCUCCUCUCUCGCGUCCAUUAACUCUUUAUAAGAGUUUCGUUUCGCUUUACAGAGCUUCUUCCCGAGUUAAACGCUGCUCCCCGAGUCGGUAGGAGCGUGACCAACCCACGUAUGUAUUCCAUAAUAGUUUCUUAUUAUUUAUUUUAUUUUAUUUUAUUUUAUUAUUAUUAUUUUUUUUUCCUUUUUCUCGUCGUUUUUUUUUCUUCUUUCCCGCUAAACGGUUAAUUUCACCUAAACAAUAGUUUCUUCUUUCUUCUUUUGCCUCGCUAGGAUCGUAUAUGACAAAAGCAUGUAUAAAUCAGUAGACAUUUUGUUUUGUGCUUCUUAGAGAUCAUACAUGAUACAAUGUACAAAGUAGUAUAAAAUAAAAAAAGGGUUAAUAAAGAUUUGUAUUACU